AUGACUUAUUUGUUUUUACGUUAUCGAUUCACUUUUUUCUCAAAUAUAACGUGUCGCACUUUCUCCGAGAUUACGAGCCAAAAAAAUGGUUUGCGUGCAAAUGUCUUAACAGGUGACACUACUUUAAAAAAGGCUUUGAACAAGAAUGUAACCUCCGAAAUUGCCACUCUUCCGCCUCUUCCUCAAAUUCCACAAAAAUAUUGUAGAUCUCAAUUCGAAGAAGGAGAUAUGGUACUUUUACGCGAUACACAAAAAAGAAUUAAAAGUUCAAGAGUUUUCCUAGUUGGUCCAUUAAAAAUUGGUAAUAAAAGGGAAGUUCCAGGUGGUAUUUUGGAACAUUCUAGCAUUAUUGGGAAAUCAAUUAGAGAUAUUGUGAAGACUAACAAAGCAGAUAAGUCAUAUACUAUACAUUUCCCUACUAUGGAUGAAUACGUUGUUAUGAUACCGCGUUUGAUGACGCCUAUAUAUCCAAAGGAUGCCAGCGCUAUAGUUUCUCUACUUGAUUUACAUCCAUAUUCUCGAAUAAUGGAAGCUGGAACGGGUAAUGGAUCUUUAACUCUUUAUUUGGCAAGAUCUUUAUAUCCCACUGGCCAUUUACAUUCUAUAGAUAUUAAUCGUGAUGCCAGUAUUAAAGCCCGUAAAAAUGUUACGCGUUUUUCACGUGGAAUAUAUUCCGAUUGUAUAUCGUUCAGCAUAGGUCAAUGCUCAAAAGUACUUGAUUCUAUGGACAUUACCCUUUCAAUGUAUGAUGGUGUAGUAUUAGAUAUGCCUGAGCCGUGGAAUGAACUAUCUUCGAUCGUUCCACGAGUGAAAAUUGAUAGGUAUAUUGUGUGCUAUCUACCAAACAUGACUCAAGUAUUGGAAUUAAUAAAACAAAUCAAAUAUCAUCAAAUCGCAUUAGCGACUGAACAAGUUCUAGAAAUACAAUGGAGACCAUGGAAUGUUAGGGCCACAGUUAUAAGAAACAAAAUGGAUGAUGAAAGUUUUUCGGUUAAACAAUUAACUCUAAAUGAUGAAAUACCUGAUCAAGCUUUAGGACAUAUUUGUCGACCUUCACAUGAACCGACUGGACAUACUGCAUUCUUAGUACAAUUGAAAAAAAUUGUUCAUACAUAA